AUGGCGACUACCGAUUUUAUCUCAGAGGCUCACGAUCGCCAAGUACAGCAGAGAAGAAGACCGUUUUCAACAUGGGUCAAAAAACUCACCAAUUUCAAGUCGUCAUCCGAUGGCGAGCGGCAGAAGCGACACAUCAGAAUCAAGCGUGGUCCCAAGCUCAAUAACCCGUAUCCUCAAUCCGGCCACGUUAGUAGCAAUCAUCCCAAUGGACAAAGCUCGUACUCGUUUGCUACUGGCCGCACCGACUGCAGCCUUUCGACAAUUGAUCAGCCCACUCGCUUCUCGGCAGAUGGAUAUGCACCACCGACUUCAGGAGGGCGGAGCCUGACAAUGACCAUAUCAACCGAGACCGAAGCCGAUCCACCUCGAUCCAUCAUCGCGCCGAGUCACGCGCCGAGCUCUGUGACAGGAACAAGCAGGACGGUCAACGGGGGGCACGAAUCUAGAAGAGGCGGCGACAGCACAUUUUCGAGUCCUUCCCCAUCAGUCAGAUCACUCGCUACGACGCUGACCACCAUUCAAUCAUUUGCUCCCCAUGGGCAAGCCCCGGUAGCGCCAACUCACAGCAUCACCCAGUCGAUCCAGUUCAGCCAACCGUUCCCUACGACUUCACCGGCAUCAGCUAUACCAUCGCAUCUCAUUCCGCCAAACCACCUCACGACAUACACUACAGCUACGGCCAAUAAUCUUCUUACAGACAAUGCAUCCAUCUUGACUCUAGCCUCGUCGAGCAAGCGAGGCCGUCGUCGGUCGAUGGAUACCGAUGCGUCUGUGCGAGCCCUCGCGCCCUCAUCACUUUGGGGCGGCAGUCGUGAAAGCCUACCGCUGAGUGUUCUCAGCGCCAAUAUUGAUCCAUCCGGCAUUCACAAUGCCUCCAGGCUGGGGGCAGAGCGAAACAGCAUAUACUCUGCAACGGGCGUGGCGCCAGCCAUUCCAAGCGAGCGCAACAGUAUUUAUACCAAGCAGGGCGACGGUGCAAGCGUCAGAAGUGGCCGCCUAGGACACAACCGACCCGAUAGUGUGAGCGGCAGCGUUGCACUCGCCAGCCCCCGAGAGGAUAUCCCGCUAACACCAGAUUCCAAGGAGGACUAA